AUGGCUCUGUUGAUUGCGUCAACUGAGGACCAACUUUCGAGAACCAGUCUCGCCAUCUUGUCGCUGGCUCGGCCGAUGACGCUUGCUUCUCCAAAGGCGAAACUGUGCUCCUCGUGUUGUAUGUGGCCAUACACCAGUAAGAGCUUAUCCGCGCGGUCGACUACAAGCUGGUGCUCGUGCAAUCUUGUGCAGAGGCUUUGGGCCGUUUCACCAACAAGGUAUGCUGUAGACCACUGCUGAUUGUUCCGUUGUAGGUAGCUGGUCUUUGCCCGUCGACAAGAGACGCUCGACGGUUGUCAUGGGCAGAACCGAGUACACGACGAUACUGGAAGGUCUAUUGGAGGACGAAAUUGCCUACAAGCUUUCGGAGACUGGAGAGUUCAAGAAGCACGUGGACAGUGUAAACAAGGCGAUAGACAAGUUAAGGAAUGCUGGAGUCCUCAAGAGGCAGGAAAAAUUGAUAGCAAAAGCCACCGAUGCCGUCAUGGCGCGCUUCUACGGUCUGUUAAAGGUGCAUAAACCGGGAGUAUCUCUACGCCCCAUAGUCUCAUUACGCGGUACCCCGACCUUAGGACUGUCGAAAUGGCUUUACCAACGAUUCCGUUUCCCGAACGAGGAUUCCGAAUGGACGGUGAAAUCGGCUGAGCAGUUUUUGAGGAGUACCAGACAUCUAGAAAUAGAGCCAGACGAGAUGAUGGUAUCGUUUUAUGUGGUCUCCUUAUUCACCUCUAUUCCAACCGACCUUGCCAUCAGCACCAUUGACGAGCUUCUUCAGGAGAAGUACGAUGAAAAUGAUCAACGGCCUCAACGAGUACACGUCAUCGAACUCCUGGAAUUGUGCCUUAGAACUUUCUUCACUUUCAACAACUGGGUUUACGAAGAAAAGAAGGGAACACCGAUGGGCUCCCCGCUGUCUGGACUGAUUGCCGAGGCUUUUCUGCAAAUGCUCGAGCGACUGGUCUUCCGUUCGUACUCCCCAAAAUUCUGGGCCAGAUACGUCGACGAGACAUUGGUCGUAAUCAAGAGGAACGACGUUUAG